UUUGUAUUGAGUUCUGAUGUUUAAUUUCUUGCUUGGUCGAUUGGAAGGUUAGGGUUUAAUUGGUGUAGAUUUGUUUCUUUUCUCUUGUUUUUGUCUUUGGAUUUUUGAUAGAGGAAUGAAAACUUUGUGGCAUUGGGUUUGAUUGGGUCUGUUUGGGUCAUUGGUUCGCACUUAUGAUGUUAAAGAGUCUAAAGAGUAGAAAACAUUUUUUUUGGGAUGGGAGAGAGAUGUAUCUGUAUUAACAUCUUGACAAUUAAAUAUAUCGUAGAUCUAGAGAAGUUUUAGUUUUUAACAUUUUUAAUUUCUCUCAUUAAUUGAAAUCAUGAGUUAAGGCUUGGAACUUUUGCUGUUAGGUUAUAUGUGCAAGGAUAGUCGUAUAUAGUGCUGCUGCUACUGAAAUUGAAAAAGCUAAGAGAGUGAAAGAGUAUUCAUUUAAAGAAACAGGGUAGUAUAAUUAGCAAGGAGCAUUAAAAAAGCUUGCUAUUGAUUGGAAAAGAUUUGUUUUUCAUGGCACCUGGACGACGAGGGAGACAUACUACAACUGAGGGUGGUCAUUUUAUGCGCUCAACCACUCAAGCUACAAAGCAAUUUCCACUUUCACCAUCUUCGUCUUCUACAAUGGAGCCUAGCACAGAAGAUAGCAGUGCAUUCUCUUGUGCACCUUCAUCAUCAGAAGCAGAGCCUUGUAUCACCACAAAGUCUUCUAAACGAGGGCCUACUCGUGGUAAAGGGACUAUCAUAGCUGCUAGAGUUGCUCUGGGUGGCAAGUUAUUUGUUACUUUUAAUAGUGAUUGUCGCCAAGCUAUUUGUACAAAUGCUGAAAAGUUUAACAAUGAGAUUGGAUUUGUUAUUCGUAAUCAUGGCACAUUUACUUAUAAAGAAUGGAGGCUUGUGCCGGAGGAGGUGAGAGCGCCAUUGAGACAAUAUCUUUUGGAAAGUUUUGACAUCAAUUUGUGUGAUAAGACGACAUUGAAAUGCAUUGAUGAGCAGAUGAGAAAGGCAUGGAGAGGACACAAGUAUAAGCUUCACACUUAUUUCAAGGAGAUUGGAGGAGAAAAAGAUGUUGAGUUAGCUAAUAGGAAGCCCCAUCCAGAGUUAAAGGUUAAUCAACAUCGAGAUUGGGAGAUUUUAUGUGAUUAUUGGACGUCAGAGAAAUUUCAGGUAAUUAUACAACUUAUUUUACUAUUAAAAUUUUUGUGGUUAAUUCUCCAAAUUCUCAGCUGCUCUUCUCUUGUUGUUUUUUUUUAAGUUAUAACUGAAUGGCUUGGCUUAUCAAUAAAGAGGGCUCGACUCUUAUUAUAAAUAACAAUUUAGUAAUCUCAUUUAUUGAAUUGUGAUGUAAGAAGAGAGGAAAUAAUGUCUUGUGAGUUUGUGAUAUCUAAUUAUUGUUUUGGAGAGAUUAGCAAAAUGAUAUAUACUUGUGUUCAUGGAUUAGAUGUGUGUGAGCAAUCAAGCACGUGAGAGU